UUCUCUCUUUUUCACUUCACUGUUGGCUGUGCGUGUCCCACUCCGAUUGGGUCGUCACGGAAACAAUAAAACCAAAAACAAUAGAAAUUAAAAAACAAUGCCCAAUUGAGAACAAAAUGGACGACCGCCUUCCAACUCUGCUCCCACCAUCCGGCGCACCCACGUUUCUUACACCUAGCGCUCCUUCAUCGUCAAGGCAACAAUAUCAACAAUUCCUGGAUGUUGAAGAGUUCCAGCAAUUGUCAAAAAUCGCCAAUUCUCAACAGCAAACGAGCAAAUAUGCUCAGUUACUCGCGGUUAUUGAGGAGAUGGGCCGCGACGUCCGCCCCACCUACGCCGGUUCCAAGUCGAGCCAGGAACGUUUAAAGCGCUCAAUUGUUCACGCGAGGAUUUUGGUUCGAGAGUGCCUCAUGGAAACUGAGCGAUCCGGGAGGCAGUGAAAAACUUUCUUUCAGUUUUCUCUAAAAAACGUUUCAGUUUUCUAAAUUUUUAGCAGUUUCCAUAGUUUUUAAAAAAGUUUCCAUAGUUUCUAGUUUUAAAAUUCCACGAUAUUCCCUCUGCGAGUUUCCAUAGUUUCUAUAAAAAAAAUAAAAAUCACCAUGGAAACGAUAAUAGAAGAAGACCUCCCGAUGCAGGUGGACUGCAUCCAAUGGCACCCCACCUCCGACGAAAUCAUGGCCGUGGGGGCGUAUCAACUCUCUCCAACGACGACGGACACGAGGAUCGGGCGGCUUUAUGUUAUUCAACUAACUCCGAAUGUUCCAGGGGGGUUUUCCGUCGUGUUGGAAUACGAAACCCCCGGCGGGGUCCUGGACUUUAAAUUCAGCCCCUACCCCACCCCCACUCCCCACUCCCCCACCCCUUUGGCCCUCGCCACCUCCACUGGCCUCUACACCUUCACCCUCCAAAUAACCCCAACCUUCACCCUCACCCCGCUAAUAACCAUGGAAACCACGGCAAUGUGCCUCUAUCUCCAGUGGAUCUCUCCCGUGUCGCUAAUUUUCUCCGACGGGGACGGCUGCAUCAAUCUCCUUGACACCGAACUCACCACAGAAACUCCAAUGCACCUAAGAAAAAGAAAAAAGCUCCACGAAGCAUUAACCUGGAUUUGUCACUAUAGCAACGAACAGGAUGUGCUCUAUGCGGGCUGCGACGAUGGGAAAUUUAAUGCGGUGAAAUUGGAGAAUUUAUCAAAGGAGGAGUUGCACUGGGUCAAGAAGUUUGAGGUGGGCGUGACGAGCAUAGCGACCAGGGAAGAUAUUGUCUCAAUUGGGGGGUACGACGACACCUUGCGCCUCUACAAACUCUCAAACACCCCCAAACCCACCCUCACCCCACUGACCUCUCUAAACCUCCAGGGCGCAGUUUGGCGGACUUUUAUCCUGCCCAGUUUCCAUGGCAACGCUUGGACCUUCGUCGUUUCCACGGCGAGGAAGGGGAUUAAAUUUUUGGAAUAUGAUUUAGACUCCAAAUCGCUAAGUCUAAUUUCCGAGGAGAUGAAAUACGAGGGUUUUUUGGCGUAUGGAUUGGAUGUGCGAAUCGAAGAUAAAAGAUUAAAAAUCGCCAGUGGGUAUUUUGAUAACAACGUUAUCCAUGCUUUCUAUUGGGGGUAGGCAUUUAUUAUAAAUAAUUUCCAAAGGGGGUAUUCAUUUACUAUAAAAAUUUUGUCAUUUAUUAAAAAUUUUCUAAAAGGGGUGUACAAAAAACACUUAAAUAGAUUUAUAGUGGCCAUUUAUCACUAUUAGAGAGAGGAGGCGUGAAUACCCCUAAUACCGGGAUACAAAAUUUUUGUAUUUAUAAUUAAAGCUCUAAAAUGUUAAUGUUUGAUUGAUUAAUAAAGCACUUUUUUCUACGUU